AUGCAACUGAUGUGGUUGUGGAUGCAACUGAUGAGGUUGUGGAUGAAACUGAUGUGGUUGUGGAUGCAACUGAUGAGGUUGUGGAUGAAACUGAUGUGGUUGUGGAUGCAACUGAUGUGGUUGUGGAUGCAACUGAUGUGGUUGUGGAUGCAACUGAUGAGGUUGUGGAUGAAACUGAUGUGGUUGUGGAUGCAACUGAUGUGGUUGUGGAUGCAACUGAUGAGGUUGUGGAUGCAACUGAUGAGCUCUGGGGUUUUCAGAAAGAUCAGGACGUGGAAGGAGAUGAGUAGCUUGACAAGUCAAUAUUAG